CCUAAAGCAAAUGCACUAGCAGAUACUUAUAUUUACACGUUGUGUAUAUGAAUAUCUGUGUACAGCAAAUAUUGUUCAAAAGUCAAUAAUCGAAAAGUAAUAUUAUUUUGUUUAUCAAUAAAGUUCAUCAGUCUUUAAGCAUAGAGAAGUUACUUUUAUGCAUUCCUUUUGAAUAUUACAUUAAUAAAGCAAAUGUAUAUUCACUAAAAAUAAUCCUUAAAAAAGAAAUUACGAAGUGUUUAGCCAAAAAAGAAUUAAUCAGAUUAAUCAAUUUUCAAUGUUUAUAUAUUUAUGUGUGCUUGCAAUCAUCAUCAGUCAAUCAUCUAUUGAUCAAUUGAAAUUAUCUAGUGUAAAUGGACAAAAUAUCUUGAAAUAUGAACCACAUUUCGAAAAGAAAAGAGGUGGAGAAUUCAUCAAGAGAAAUAUUAAUGAUAAUGAAGAUUAUGCUACAGAAGUUGUCAAGAGAUCAAGACAACUGCCGUUUCAACCAAAUUCUAUUAAAACUUCUUAUUGGUUUGAAAAUAAAAUAAUCGAUAAAGUGUAUGGAACAAAGAAUGGUGAAAAAGUAAAAAAUACAAAUAUCUCGCUAACAAUAAAACCUGAAUUGAAUAACAAUCAUACUGUGAAGAAUCAUAAAUUAAACAGUCAGAAUUCGGAAAAGCGAUCACAAAAUUCAAAUUAUUGGAUUAAAACUGUUUCAGAUGAAUCUAACAAUAUUGAUCCAACAAAUGAUUCUUUUAUAUUCAUUAAUAUGAGUAAACUACUUGAACGAGAAAAACGUCAUGUUCCUUCAGUGGCACAUUAUAUUCUUUCACCAUUAAUAGCUAAUCGAAAGAAAGAUUCAUACACUUAUCCUUCAUUGACGUCAUCAUCAUCUUCAGCAUCAUCUUUGCCAUUAACUUAUAGAUCACAGAAUUCACGAAAAGAAAAGUUCACCAAAUAUGGGACAUCAUUAAGACCUAAAAAGCUAACAAGUCAAUCAUUUAUCACAUAUAAUGUUGAAAAUGAUAUUUUUAACUUUGUAUUUCAGUUUGUACGAUAUAAUACAACUUCAGUAGAUUUGAUUACAGCCUUCAAUUUAAUACGUGAAUGGGAACGUUACAAAACAGUACAACAAGUACAAGUACAAAGAGAGCAAAAAUUGAAAAUGUUACGUCAUAAACAAGAACACAGACGUCUUGAUGAAUAUUAUCGUUAUUUACGACAUUUUUCAACAAUGCUUACCAAUGAAAAAGCGAAACAAUUUAAAAAAGCACAAAAUUUUUAUGAUUUCAAGAAAAUUAUCACUGGUACUAAAGGUGUUAAGACAGAUUUGAAAAAUAGUGGUAAUCAUAAAAACAAAGUGGAAUAUCAUGAAAAGUUAAUGAAUUCACGUUUUGAUUCAUCGUCACAAAUGGAACGACAAAAAAUUCAUGAGUCAUAUUCAUCUUCAAAUUUAAAUGAUAUGCAAUUUUCCGGUGGAAUAGGUGGUGGAAUAUUUGUGGGUAGUUCACGACCGAGAAAGAUAAACAGUCGUGAAGGUCGUGCAAUCCUAUCAGAAAGUAGCAGUAAUAAUAAUAAUAAACAAAAUUCCUUGAAAGUAAAUUUAGCAACAGAAUUUUCACAUAUUUUGAAUAAAGCUAAUGAUCAAUUAUCAAAAGAUCUACAAUCGAAUGAAAUGAAAAUUGAUUCUGGAAGCUACCUCAACGAAGAGUCGUAUUCGGAAGAUGAAUUAAGACGAGCUUUUGAAAAUUAUCAAGAAUUCAAAAUGACAUCUUGUCAACCACAAAAUCAGACAUUAUGCACAGAAGCACUUCUUCAAUUAAGUCAUCAUAAUCAACAACAACAACAUCAACAGCAACAGCAUCAAGUACCAAAUCAUGAUCAUCAUCAUCAUCAUACAGCACUUAUUAUACCACGUGGUAUACACAUUCAACGAUGUGGUCAACAAGAAAUUUCACGUUGUAAUCAUUAUACAAAUUCAUUUACAAACUAUGAAGAAGAAUAUGAUUAUGAAAGAUCUGAAUUUACACCAAUCUCAUCAUCUGCAUCUAAUGGUCAAGCAAAUUAUGAUGAUCAGUAUUUAGAUAUAUUAAAUGAUCGUAAUCAGUAUACAUCAUGUAAUUGUGAAACACUUGAAGAAGAAUGUUUACCUGUAAAAGUUUCAUUGAAAACAUUUGCAGUUGCUGUAAUGCAAAUUGUACCUUUUGGAAAUUUUACUCAUUCAACCGAAUUGAUUGCAUUGACAAAUCAUCUCCAGUGUGGAUGUCAACCACGCUGUAGUAAUCGACUAUGUAUUCCUCCGCUGAAAUUCAUUAUGCACACAUUUUCCGAUUGUGCAUGUAUAUGCCCACCGAAUGAUAAACGAUGUUUUGAAUUAUUGGAAGGGAAACGUCAAUUCACAGCUGAAGAAAUUCCAUUACCUUUAAAUGGUUCUUACAUCUUACCACCUUGUCGUUACGGUGUGAUGGAUGAUUUACACUUGUAUCAUAGACACUGCCCUGGACCAACAAGAAAUACAUUUCCAAUUAAAUGAUAUGAAAAAAUUAAAUGAAAUUAACGGGAAACAUUUCUUUCAACUACUACUAGCCAUGUGUUAAGUAGUUUAGGAGUUAUAUGUGGUUUUUAGCGAGUAACCUACGGAAACGAAGUAUAAGAAGACAAAAUCGCGAAAUAUAUCAUAUUUUUCUAUUUUUUACAGUUGUCGUCUGCGUUUUCAUUGAACUUAUAGCUAUCACUCUGAUUUAUAGAUAUAUACAAACUAGAUAUCAACACAACUAUAUGAUAUUUGUCAUUGUCUCUACUGUAAAUCAAAAUAUUUUGCUGAAUCAUUAAAAUCGUAUUCGCUUUUUAAAUGUCUAUAAUAUCAUUAUCCAUAUUUUACUGAAUGAUUAUCUACUAUCUAAAUUUGUUUCCAGUAAUCUGAUAAGGAUCAUACUAAGAAAUGUUUGCUAUGAAAGCAACAGUUAUUUAUACUGCAAUAUCGAUGUAACUGUUAUGAAAUCCAUAAUCCGAGAAUCACAAUUACAAUGUAACUAGCUCAGUGUGACAUCUUUGUACUACUGUCUUCAUAAUGUCUUGCUAUUCAUUAUGAAUAAGAUAUUUUGUACUGAAAUUAUUGUAAUUUACUAAUCAACUAAAUUACAUUGUAAACUAGAACCAGUAAAUCUGUGGAUC